ACUGUGUAUGGUUUGCAUCACCGUGCCGUCGUCACCGCUAGUGAUUAAUUUACUUUUCUCACAUCCUACCUCAUUCUCCCUAACUAUCUUACCUCCUUCUUAACCUGCUGGAGUCUACCUCCUCCUGCGCCGACCGAACAUGUUUUCUGAAUAUGCCUCAAGGUUUUUAGCCCAGUCGCAGUCCCGAUUAUCUAACUUCGGCCAACCCGACAACAACGACACCUCGAACCGACCAUCACAAGGAACACCAGGUCGUUUUGGCAGACAUCCUUCCCGAUCUUCGUAUCAGACCCGGCUCGGAAAUCCUUAUCAGCCUGCUGGUUCUCGAUUCGGAGGCUUCUCGCGAUACAAUGCUACUUCGGAUGCCCCGCUCUUCCAUAGUGCUUUGAACGAGUAUCGGGAAGACGAAGACGACGACGAUGCGAGGGAAGCUGCCGAUCUCCGAGCCCUGCAACGAUCUCGCCGAGUAUUCGUCUCAAGUCGGCUGGAGGAAAGUUCGGCUUCCGAAGGCGAUGGCCUCGGUGCGUCGUCCGGGCACAAUGGGAGUGAGUCACAUGGCAACAUGUAUUCCAGCGCUCGUCCCAUAGGAGGAAUCAAGAGCAGUUGGAACGGUGAAUCAAGCUUCAAGGAUAGGCAUUUCAAGCGCGGCGACAGCGGCAUGGCAAAAGAGCCAGAUGGUUUGGGCAACAGGCGACAGGAUUCAGGGAGCGAUGAGGGUGGAAAGAUGGUUGAUAUUGGUUUAGAGUCGACAGUGCUAGACAAUGAGGUACCCGAUGACCUCUUACAAGAGACCCCUACAGAUUCGUCACCGCCCGCCUUCCAGCAGUUCAAGUCGGCCUCGGGUGGACCAAAAGGCCUAGCCGCCGGCAGGAGAGGUUCGAACUUAGAGUACGACCAACGCAUGAUGCGUCAGGCUAUAGCGGAGGAGGAUGAGGAUGAGGAGGAAGAAGAACGAGCAGAAAUCCCUGCACCAGCGCCCGCUCGAAUGUAUGGUGAGAUAUUUGUGCAUGAUCAGUUCUUCGCCUGGAUUUACCUUAUAGCCGUCGCAUCCCUCCUCGCCACUUUCGUGCUAGUAUGGUUGCAUACAUCUGUACCUAACAGGAAGAUUGGCGACACUAUCUACACGACCCUUCAUUCUUCUUUCUACCUCCUGGCAGUGGAUACCUUAGUUUCGAUUAUCGUCGCCUUGGUUUGGAUGGCAGCACUGAGAUCCUUUGUUCAGCCCUUAGCCCUACUUAUUCUGCUAGGUGUUCCCAUCGUUCUCGUCUCUUUCUCGUUAUACCCGAUGAUCUCUAGUUUCCAAGGGCCAGACCAUGGGUCGCGAGUACAGGACGUUGUCAUGAGAUGGGCAGCAGUUAUUCCAGGUAUCUGCUCCGUCGUCUGGGUAUGGCUAUUAUAUAAGGGGCGUCAUGAGAUACAGAGAGCGAUAGACAUACUGGACUUCUCGAGCCGCAUUCUCGCUGCCAACCCAGCACUUGUGCUUCUCGGACUUGGUUCGUUAGGCUUCGUUGUUGGAUGGACGUGGAUAUGGCUGUGGAUGUUCACCAGGAUCUUCCUCGGCGGUUACUUCUCCAAGUCUAUCUCGGCCUUCGUCAUCGGUACUGCGACUUGGUGGCUCGCGGUAUUCUUUUUCCUCAUGUACGUCUGGACCCUUUCCGUCAUGAGUGGUGUUGUUCGCGCCACGACGGGGGGUACCGUAUCAAACUGGUACUUCUUCCGCAAUAACCAAUCGCCUGCAACAUCCAACGCGAUCGUCAAAGGCGCAUUAGGACACUCCACAACCACGGUAUUUGGUACGAUAUGUGCCUCUACACUUCUGUCACUGGCGGUUCGGGUUCCCAUAUUGAUCCUACCUCGUCGUAUCUCGAGUAUAUUCGAGUUCAUAGGAUGGCGACUGGCUCCCCGUCCAGUGUCUGUUUUAACUAACCCCCUGGCGCUGACGUAUGCGUCGAUUCACUCGUUACCCCUGAUGGAGUCAGCAUCACAACUUAGUAGGAUCCAGUUUCUAGCUACAGGGCCGACUACGACUCUUACACCGAGCGCAUUCUCCCGUCGCGGACAGUCAACGGCAUCGUUAAUGCCCUACCGAAUGGCGAAGAUGCUCCUCCAUGCCGCCCGGUUCGUUAUGUCGACAGCACUAGGGUUUGCGGCAUGGGUUAUGACUGCACGGCAGCUGCAGAUCCAACUUCCAGAUGGUCCUGGUAUCAGGGGAAGCGCAUAUGCGUACGUUGUGGGUAUGGUGGCUAGCAUGAUCGGUUGGGGUGUGUUAGGGGCUAUGGAAGGUAUUCUAUCCGGCAUUCUCGACGGUGUGCUCAUAUGCUAUGCUAGCGAAAGGCGGCUAGGUAGUGAGCGAGCCACCUACUGCAUUGAGGCGGCUAGACUCUUCGAGGAGAGGCGAUAUGAUGAGAGGGAUAUGGUUUGAUAACCUUCUUUUUUUUCUUCAACUACAGUUUACGCAUUGCACUUUUAGCCUCGGCGUUUUGCGUCUAGGCCGCCAAAGACGGUGGAUAGGAGUCUCGAGAUUGGACAGGACAGCUUAGAUUAGGUGUAUUGAAACGAAACUUUUCACAGCAUAAGCAGUACUUCCAAUGGUGGCAUAUUGAGUUUGCACUGAUCCCACAGAACGGGAGG